AUGGCAAUAAUCAGAUUUACAAACUGUCAACUUUGCGACGAAGGUAAAAUUGGUUGCAAAGAUUUAUACAUCUGUACAACGAAAGGACAGAUAGUGGGGGCCGUCAAAAAAGUUGAUGAGGUUAUUGAUCUUCAUGGAUUGAUAUUAACCCCAGGAUUUAUAGACAUUCAAAUAAAUGGAUGCUAUGGAUUUGACUUCUCAGAAUAUUCAUCCGAAGAGGAGUAUACCAAGGGUUACAACAAAUGUAUGAAGGAGCUAAUCAAAACCGGAACGACAUCAAUUUGCCCCACAGUGAUCCGAUUCACGGAUGAUGUAUGUAUGCAUGUACUUCCGCUUUUGAAGGCAGAAGAAAAGAAGGAUAGAACUGAAAGCUUGGGUUCACAUUGCGAGGGUCCUAUAAUUUCUACUAUUAAAAAGGGCUGCCAUGAUGAGAAUUAUUUCUGUAGACCGAAGACUAAGGAAGACCUUUACUCAGCAUUUGGAUGCGAGGAAAACCUCAAUUAUAUAAAGAUUAUUACAGCGGCACCCGAAUUAGAUGGAGUUAAUUCUCUUAUUCCGGAAAUUACAGGACGGAAUAUUAUAUUCUCAAUUGGCCAUACAAUGGCUACAUAUGAACAAUGCUUGGAGGCAAUCAAUAGAGGCGCAACUAUGAUAACACAUAUUUUUGAUGCAAUGCCUCAACCACAUCAUAGAAAUCCUGGUCCGAUCGGAUUGGAAGGAUUGGCGGACGAGCGGCUAUGCCCAUACUUUGGUUUAAUUUCUGAUGGUGUCCAUAUUCACCCAACGUACAUCAAUAUUAUCUACAAUGCCAACAAAGAUAGGUGCUGUCUUGUCACAGAUGCACAAAAUACAAUUGGAUUGCCUGAUGGAGAAUACCCAUGGGAAGGCCGCUACUUGGUCAAAAAAGGCCGUUCUUUGAAAGUGAAGGGUACUGAUACAAUAGCUGGAUCAGUCACAGAUCAGGCACAGUGCAUGAGGAACUUGAUGAAAUGGACUAAUACUAGCCUUGCAGAAGCUGUGAAAUGUGUAACUAAUCACCCAGCAAGGUCAGUUCAUGUUGAUGAUCAUAAAGGCUUUUUAAAGGAAGGGUACGAUGCUGAUCUUUGUGUUAUUGACAAAGAUGGAAACGUGAAACAGGUUUAUAAGAUGGGAAACAUCGUGUAUAGCUCGGGUAGCAUUUAG